AUGGAUGAUAAUAAUUCUAGCCCUACUACUACAAAAGUUGAUCGGCUUAACAGUUUCCAUCCUGACUGCGACGAAUUAAAACAUAAGUAUGAUCAAUGUUUUAAUGUAUGGUUUACUGAACAUUAUAUGAAUGGACAUUAUAACAAUGAAGGAUGCAAUAAAGUGUUUGAGUUGUAUACAGACUGUGUAAAACGUGGUAUGAAAGAAUACGGAUUGCAAUACGAACAGACAACUACUUUACAUUUGGGAACAAACAAAGAAAAAACUUCACCACUCAAGGAUACAGAAAAGCCAAAAUAG